ACCCAAAUUAAAGUACUUAGUAGUAUUUAAUUUCUCUUUUGUUUCUUCGAACUUUUUCUCUUGCAUUUAUAUCAUUAUUAAACUAUUUUUAUUGAGUUCAUCCAGCCGGAUAUGAUGGAGCCGAUUGCAGAAGUGGUUUGCGUUCUAGAAGUGGACGUUCAUUGUGAUGAAUGUAAAUUGAGUUUGAUGAGAGUGCUCGCUUCAAUUUCGGGGGUAUAUUCGGUCGAGAUUGAUGGUGAAAAAGGAAUGGCAACAGUGGUGGGAGAAGUGGAACCAAAUGCGUUGUUAGGGGCGGUGGCAAACUCCGGAAAACACGCUCGGUUGGCCCGAGCCACCCUAAGGGAUCCAAGAAUGAACAGAACCAACACAACCUAUGGGACAUCAUCAUCAUCAUCAUCAUCAUAUGCUUCCUCUUACUCUCCUUACUAUAAUAACCAAACCUAUGACUAUACCAACAGAAACAGUUAUGCUUACAAUGCCAUUGAUCAUGACCCCAGAAGCACUAGAGGUACGUUUGAGUGAUAUGAAAUACAAUAGAUAACAAAAACCAGUUUAAUUCGAAAGAUAGGGACAGUUUGACUAAAGUGGUAAAAUAAGGAGGAAUAAGUUUGUGUUGACUUUCCAAAAAUACCCUUGAUGUGAUAGGCAAAAGUAGGAUGUGCUAUGUAGCUUAUUAAGAAAAAGGUAUGAUGUGA